ACUGUUAUCGAAAUAUACAAGAGAAAUAUACAAAUCACCAAAUCACUUGCGAACUGGGGUUUUACGCAUUUUAAAUUCGUGCGUAUUGGGAGGGAAAGUGUGUAAAACCGUAAAUUUCUGAUCGGGGAGCAAAAGGAGCCCAGCUACCGUGAAAUCGCAGUAUUCCGCCCACCGCACCAGCCAGAAAUAGAAUGUGGAGGAGUGUUGACUGAACGAUUGGAAUCUAAAGGCUGGUGGAAUAAGUCCACUCGGGCCAACUUAACAACCGAAAAACGCAGCGUCAUGUUCGGAUUUGAUGGGGAGUACCGCCGGAGACCGGUACAGAGUCUGGGCGGAGCCUCGCAUACCUGCGACCGGGACACCGUAAUCAGAAAGGCGGCCCAGGAGCGCCAGAAGCGAAACGAGCUGCGCCAAAAGGAAAAUGGGGCGGUGGUGCUGCAGUCCUACGCCCGCUCCUUUAUCCACCGUAAGCGGCGCAAGCGAGCGGAGCGAGAGGCAUUCGACGGCUACCUGAUGGCCAACAAGGAUCGCAUCUCGGAGGACGAGAGUCUGACCUUCUUGUUGAGGCGUCUCAACUUUUUCUACAGCAGCCGCGAGGCCAAGGACGGCGAGCGAUUGAUCGAGGUCUGCCAGCAGAUCCUUCGCCAGCCAGCUCGUCUUUUGCGACACUCUUCCCUGGACUCGAUAUGGCUACUGAGGCUCUGCAAGCUAUUGGACACUUGCCUGCUCCAGCUGAGUCUGUCGCACACUGCUCAGGCCAUUCCGCUGCGCAUGCUAGAGACCUUCACCACCGUAUCCUCUGUGCAGCGCUAUGUGGAGGAAGAGGCUCUGCUGUUCCAAUACCUGGAGCGCGUCUUUGGCUUCCUUAUUGCCCGUAACUACUAUCAGCGCCUGCGGCGACUGCUGGACGACAAGUGUCCGCCGCUGGACGGUGAAACUUUGCAAGCCCCAAGUCCGUUGGCCGAGGCUCUGCUACAGUUGCUGCUUCGUCCCUUGACGGUGGCCAAGAGGGCCUCCGCCGGCGGCCAGGUGUCGCCUAUGUCACUGGCCGUGUGCCAGCAUUUCAUCCGGGACAUUCUCGCCUCGCCACACACAGAUCCUUUGCGGUACUUUGUACUGCCCUGUUUUGCGCUCAAUGCCGACUUUCCUUUCGACUUGCUGAUGCGUUCGCUCUUCGACGUCAUGGAGAUAGCCGGGUCCACAGAAGCGGAUAGCAUGUCCAGCCGUCGCAGUUUCCUCUUUCAUGAAGCGGAAGUAGGCCAAAAGAAUAAGCGCAUUGAGUCGCUGUUUUCGUCGUUUCUACUCAACUCCCUCCUGGUGCUCGAUCGGAGGCAGUUGGCUACUCUGCAGCAAAGUUCAUUGCUGGUUGUCUACGUGCGCCUCAUCGCCGAAAUGAUGCCCAACAUUCUGCAGCUGCCCAAGUCAACGUUGCGUGGACAUGCCAAUGCCACGCAUCGUCAUCGGAACAGUGAUGACGACUCCGAUGACUCUGAGGAGGAAGAGGAGGAGGAUCAGCCGUCGGCUCGUACGCUGGACUACGAUAUGGAGCAGACUUGCCGAACCAGUGGCGAACUGAGUGUCAGGGAACGUGACUGUCUGCUGGAGUCCAUUGCCAUACUGAACGAAACGGAGCGGGUGGACUUUAUUGUCCAGCAGCUGGAUCCGCAUAUUGAGAAUAGUCUACUUAUAUAUGCGCUCUGCGAGAUUUGUCACAACCUGAUGAUCUACAAUAAGCAUGCAGUCUUUGAAUACAAGUUACUUUAUACAUUGGCUUUCACUCCUAAGUUCAUUCGUGCUGUGUGGUUUAAGUUGGCUGCAGAGUCCAGCCAACUAGGCUUCUCUGCUCCACUGACCCUUAUUUCUAAAGGCGUUGUGCCGAAACAACAAGGCGUGGAUCGUACUAUCCCACUCUUGGCCACUUUCUGCAUGCUUUUCGGACGCCUACUGCCCACCCUUCACGAUGUUGAGUUUGUGGAGAACAAGCUGUUGCUGCAGGUGCAGACCACCAUUAACCAUGUGCAACUUAUGCCCUUCUCCAUUGCGGAAAUUGUGCAAAUGUCUAAGACCCUAAAGGACAUAAGCAUGGGCCUGGUGGAGCUGGCUUUUCCAGAGACUCGGAGUAACUUGGCCAACUACCGAAGUGUGCUAGGGCACACGGAGGCUGACGACAAGAAGCUGCGACACCAGAAGCAAAUCUGGGCCAAUCUGCUCAAUGUGGUCGUCUUUGUGCUCAACCAGAUUCACACACGAGACCUGCGUUUGGGAUUCUGUCCGGAGGCGCACUGGACGGUCUCCCGAUUGGACUUGCCUCUGGACAGGCCCACCGAUCUGCCGUUGACCCACAGCAGUCGCCUUCGCGGUAUCCGGCCUUUUCAGCCAAUUCGAGACUUUACUCGGGAAGAUUUUGAGAACGGACCGCCCAUGUCCACCAAGCAAAUUCGCUCCAUUACCAUUUUGCGCGAGAUUCCCUUUGUGGUGGCCUUUAACAAGCGUGUCAGCAUUCUGCAGGGCUUGGUGGCGGCAAACAAGAUGCGGGUGCAAGGCAAUCUGCAGGCCUUCCUCCAGGGCCCUUCGGUUAUGAUUACUGUGAGGCGUUCACAUCUUUACGAAGAUGCCUACGACAAGCUUCGUCCGGAAAAUGAACCAGACUUGCGCUUCAAAUUCCGCAUACAGUUCGUUUCCUCGCUUGGACUCGAUGAGGCUGGCAUCGACGGUGGUGGAGUUUUUCGGGAAUUCCUUUCGGAGUUGAUCAAAACAUCCUUCGAUCCAAAUCGUGGAUUCUUUAUGGUAACCACGGACAACAAGCUUUAUCCCAACCCAAACGUGGCCGAUCUCUUCGAGGACUAUGAGAAGCACUACUACUUCAUUGGUCGCAUCCUGGGCAAGGCCAUUUACGAGAAUCUGCUGGUGGAGCUGCCGUUGGCCGAGUUCUUUCUCACCAAGCUGGCUGGCAAGUACUCGGACGUGGACAUCCAUCAGUUGGCGUCAUUGGAUCCUGAGCUGUACCGCAAUCUAUUGUACUUGAAGGACUAUACCGGCGAUGUUAGUGAAUUGAACUUGGACUUCACCGUGGCGAGCAGUUCGUUGGGUCAGACGCAGAUUGUCGAGCUAAAGCCACAGGGCCAGAGCAUUCCGGUGACCAACUCGAACCGCAUAGAAUAUCUGCAGCUGAUAGCCGACUACAAGCUCAACGUGCAGAUACGUCGUCAUUGCAACGCCUUCCGCAAGGGUUUGUCAAACGUCCUGCCUAUCGAAUGGUUGUACAUGUUCAGCAACAAGGAGCUGCAAAUACUCAUUUCGGGUGCCGAGAUACCCAUUGACCUGGAGGAUCUGAAGAAGUACUGUAAAUACGGCGGUGAAUUUUCUCCGGAACACCCGUCGAUCGUGGCGUUUUGGGCGGCUCUGGAGGGAUUCGAUGAUCUGCAGCGCAGGCAGCUGCUCAAGUUCGUCACCAGUUGCUCUCGGCCACCGCUGUUGGGUUUUAAGGAUCUGGACCCUCCAUUCUUGAUCCAGAAUGCCGGGGACAUGGAACGAUUGCCCACAGCCAGCACCUGCACCAAUCUUUUAAAGCUUCCCCCCUUCAACAGCGUGGAACAAAUGCGUGAAAAGCUGCUCUAUGCCAUUCAGUCCGGCGCUGGCUUUGAACUCAGCUAAGCUAUCCACCCUCGAAAAUCCCAAAACAUAUCCACUAUCACAGCCGCCAAAAAGAAACAUAGAGGUACCCACAAGUUUCCCACCUGGAAAAAAAAAUGCAAAAUAGCAGGACAGCUGGUCGGCAGGCAGGCAAACUAUUCCAGUUAAUUUACAACCAAUGUACAUUUUGAUUAACGUAAUAGCUUAGUGUAAAGUAUGAAGCUUAUGAGGUCUUUUUAUCCAAGUUUUUCUUUGUAGUUCGUUUGAGUUUGUUUUUCAUAUAACAAAAUAUAAAUGUAAAUCAAUGCGAGCUAAGAAGAUUUCAAUAAAGGGCAAGCGAUGUCAGUUCGCACUAUUGAUGAAACUAA